AUGUGCAAGAAUGAGAAAAUUCCUGUCAAGAGGAACCACAAACACAAUCAGAGCAUUACCCAUAUGGAAGAAAAUACCACUAUGAUGCCCCACAAUCAUUCACCUACUACAGCUUCUCAUGCUCGUGGUGGGGGAGGAGGAGGAGACAUGAUGAUGCCUAUGACAUUCUAUUUUGGAUAUAAGAAUGUGGAAGUGCUUUUUUCUGGAUUAGUGAUCAAUAUACCUGGGGAAAUGGCUGGGGCAUUUGUGGCUAUCUUUUUGUUAGCCAUGUUUUAUGAAGGACUCAAGAUAGCCCAGGAGAGCUUGCUGCAUAAGUCCCAGGUCAGCAUUCAUUACAACUCCAUGCCAGUCCCAAAUAGAACCAUCCUUAUGGAACACAAAAUUGUUGGGCAACAGAUGCUGAGUUUACCUCACUUUCUGCAGACAGUGCUGCAUGUCAUCGAGGUGGUCAUCAGCUAUUUCCUUAUGCUUAUCUUUAUGACCUACAACACAUACCUCUGCAUUGCAGUGGCAGCAGGAGCUGGAACAGGCUACUUUCUCUUCAGCUGGAAGAAGGCAGUAGUAGUGGACAUAACAGAGCACUGCCAUUAA